AGCUUGAAGGCGGCAGCGAACUCCAAGCCUCCAACACACACGAAUCCACCACCGUUCGCCGUCGGUAAUGGCGAUUCGGCGCCGCCUGCCCUGCCUCCCCGCCGUCGCCGUGUCCACCAGACGCUCGACCGCGAGCCUCGCCGUCUCCCAUGGUGGGACCGGCGCGAGGCCCUCGACGGCCGUCCUGGCCGCCGCCGCGACGGCAGCCGCGGCGGCGGGCCGCGCCUCCGAGUGCCAGUCGCUCCUCCUCCGCAUGUCGCGCCGCCGCGGGGCCUCCCGCCUCGACAUCGUGUCCUCCCUCCUCGCCUCCUCCCCCACCCCGCAGCCGCAGGUGUUCGACCUCCUCAUCCGCACCUACACCCAGUCCCGCAAGCCCCGGGAGGCAUUCGAGGCCUUCCGCCUCCUCCUCGACCGCCGCAUCCCCAUCCCCGCCGCCGCAUCAAACGCGCUCCUAGCCGCGCUCUCCCGCGCCGGCUGGCCCCACCUCACAGCGGACGCCUACCGCCUCGUCCUGUCCUCCGACUCCGAGGUAAACACCUACACGCUUAACAUCAUGGUCCACAGCUACUGUAAAGCCCUACAGUUCGAUAAGGUUGAUGCCGUAAUCUCCGAGAUGGAGAAGAGAUGCGUGUUUCCGGAUGUGGUAACCCAUAAUGUGAUGAUUGAUGCUAGAUUUCGUGCUGGGGAUGUUGAGGCGGCGAUGGCAGUGGUCGAUUCGAUGGUUAGUCAGGGGAUAAAGCCAGGAAUCUUGACGUAUAAUGCAGUGUUGAAGGGGUUGUGUAGGAAUGGAAAGUGGGAUAAAGCAAGGGAGGUGUUCAGGGCAAUGAACGAGUGUGGGGUGGCGCCCGAUGUUCGGAGCUUCAACAUGUUGAUUGGGGGAUUCUGUAGAGUUAAGGAGCCUGAUGAGGCGAUGAAAUUUUACAAGGAGAUGCGACGGCGUGGAGUCACGCCAGAUAUUGUGAGCUUUAGUUGCCUGAUUGGGUUGUUUGCAAGGAGGGGGAAGAUGGACCGUACGGCGGCGUACUUGAGGGAGAUGAGAGAGUUCGGAUUGAUGCCUGAUGGUGUGAUUUACACAAUGGUCAUUGGUGGUUAUUGCAGGGCUGGGUCAAUGUUGGAGGCGCUGAGAGUUAGGGAUGAGAUGGUUGGCCGUGGAUGUUUGCCAGAUGUGGUAACUUACAAUACCUUGCUGAAUGGGCUUUGUAAAGAGCGUAGGUUGUCUGAUGCAGAGGAGCUUUUGACUGAGAUGAGGGAGAGAGGGGUUCCACCAGAUUUAUGCACCUUCACAACUUUAAUUCAUGGGUAUUGUAGGGAGGGUAACAUAGAGAAGGCAUUGCAACUAUUUGAAACAAUGCUGCAUGAGCGUUUAAUGCCAGACAUUGUGACAUACAACACUUUGAUUGAUGGAAUGUGCAGACAAGGUGAUCUGGGCAAAGCUAAUGAGCUAUGGGAUGAUAUGCAUUCUCGAGAAAUCUUCCCCAACCACAUUACCUACAGCAUCCUGAUAGACAGCCACUGUGAGAAGGGACAAGUGGAUGAUGCAUUUGGGUUUUUGGAUGAAAUGAUAAACAAGGGGAUUGUGCCAAACAUCAUGACCUAUAAUUCCAUCAUUAAGGGUUACUGCCGGUCUGGAAAUGUAUUGAAGGGGCAACAAUUUUUGCAGAAGAUGAGGGAUGCCAAGGUGUUGCCUGAUUUAAUUACUUACAACACCCUAAUCCAUGGUUAUGUUAAAGAAGAGAAGAUGCAUGAAACUUUUAAUUUGCUUAACAUGAUGGAGAAUGAAAAGGUUCAACCCGACACUGUGACGUAUAAUAUGAUUAUAAAUGGAUUUUCUGUACAUGGUAAUAUGCAAGAAGCUGAUUGGGUUUACAAGAAAAUGGGUGCUAGAGGAAUUGAACCAGACAGAUAUACAUACAUGUCCAUGAUAAAUGGUCAUGUUGCAGCUGGGAACUCGAAGGAGUCAUUUCAACUUCAUGAUGAAAUGCUUCAGAAAGGGUUUGCUCCUGAUGACAAAUUCUGAGGGUAUUAUUUUCCUCCAUAUUGGAAUCUUAUUGAUGCUAUGGUUAAUUCAACAAUGAGAAAUGAAGGCCUAUUGCAGUUUGUUUAGAUUGCCAGGAUUUUUGCUCCAACAAGUAUUUAUAGACAUGAAGGCAUCUGAUUAAAUUUUGGAGUAAAUUCCGUGGAAGUUUUCAUUGUAGCAAAAAUUUCCACACAAGUGACCUCUCCAGAUGUGCUUUCUUCACCAACAUGCAGAAAUAUUCUGUUAGGGCUCAGGAGGUGUGCUUUUGUUUUCUGGUCAUCGGAGAAAUCUAGCAUGGUCUAAAUUUCUCAGGGUGAAUGCAAAUCACUUUUAGCAUGAACUAUUAACAUCACGUGAAACUGAUCAAAAGGGAAAAACCGAGUGUAGAUAAAAAGGGCAAUCGAAAUUGGUGUACAAAGGAGGAAAUAAAACUGACUGGAGAGUGUUAAAUGUGCCCCUUCAAGCCUUACCUCCAAAAGAGCAAGGAAAAGAACGAAAGGAAAACAGAGGUUAUGAGCACAAGGUUGUCAGGCUUUGAUGAAGUUAUGAGAAGUGUGUUUCUCUGUCGUGGCCGUGGUUAUGAAGUUAUGAAGUUAUGAAGUUAUGAGAAGAUUACCCAUCAACAUUUUGCACUUUGGACACAAAUCAUUUGUCUCCACCAUCUCAAAAAACUUGGAAAGCCCCCUCCUCCCGGCCCCCGCGUCGCUCCGUAGGGGCGACUCGGGCGGCGCCCUAAUCUCGCGACCGGCAGCUCUCCCUUCCGAUCCAUUCUCCUCGCCGUCGCCAGAGGGGACCAGCAGCGAAGCCUUCUCGGCCCUCAAGGACGGCGGCGGCGGGGCGUGCCUCCUUAGCCUCCUCCUCUCCCGCUCCUCCCCUCGUCCCGGGCUCCGUCGUCGUCCGCCAUCUCCAGCCGCUUCCUGCGGAUCUCGCGGGCGGCGCGCCAGAUCCGGGCGCCCCAGCGCCUGGCGGCUGUUGGCUUGGGUCUGGGUCACCUCCGGUUGCACACUUCUGCCCUCCCGGUGAAGAUUCGGUCUGCUGCUCCGGCGUCCUUCCUGCCGGCGGUGGUCGUCGCGGGGCUGGCUGCGACCGUCCUGGCCCUCCCCCUUUGUGUGACCCUUCGGCUAUGGCGCGCUCCUCCAUCCCCCAAAGAUCUUGUCCGGGUGUGGCGCGGGGAGGAUCCCUUGGGCGCCCCGUAGUGUUUGUUGUCACUGCUCCGGCUACUGCAAGGCUGCGGCGAUGAGCUCGCCUUAUGGCAUGUGCGAUGCAGGCCGCCGUUGUGAUCCUCUGUUGGUGGUGGUGGUCUAGAUUUGAUUGGCCAGAUGGUGGUGACUGUAGAUCGUUCUGCAACGAUUUUCUAUGGAUCCACGACAUCGGGGUCAUCAAAGUGAAUUCGGGAGUUUUUAUCUCUUGAUCCGGUGAAUGACUUUCGGUGGUGAGGUACAAAUUAUGGACAAUGACUUGACGCAAAGGAAUGUUGUUGGAGUGGCGGCGGUUAAAUUGCAGUUGCUUGGAUUGUGGAAAAGCGGCGGCGACAACACAUGUGUGACUUUGAUGGUGGUGCUGCGAGCACCUGGUCUCGAGCUCCGGGGCGAAAGCCUAGGUCAGACCCGAGUGGUCAUCCCUGGCAAUGGCGAUGUUUUUUUUACAUCGUGACCUUGUUGGAGGCAUUGCUCGGAUACGUUCGGACUGUUUCUUCAGGGUGAAAACUUUGAUUCUAGCCUUUUUGGUUGGAUCCGGCGACGGCAGCGCUUGAGUGUCGCUUCCUUCUUGAAGGCGUUGUUGUUGAAGAUCCUCGUCGUCAAUGUGGUGUCAAUGGUUGGUGCGGAUAUGGUCGCAGUUCUAGUUUGUCGUUCGCUGAUCUGAUCGCUUUGGGGCUUUUUUAUUUCUUUUUUCCUUUUCACACCUAUUCAUUGCUUUUGGUCUUAUGACUUUGCUAGUCGUUGGUGUGUUUUAGCGUUUGAGUUGGGUUGGCUGUGUGCAUUCUAGUUAUGCAGAGGCCGGGUGUAUGCUCAUUAUAUUGUAUCCUCUUGAUGCUUCUUUUGAGCCAAUAAAAUUCACCCUUUGUCGAAAAA